UGCCCCUGGGUCCUAAAGACCGGGGGCUCCAGCGGGGCUAUAGGUGUUUCCCCCUGGAGGGGACGAAGGAGAAGGCUGGCCGCCUCUAGCUCUCUUCUCUCCUUACAACUAUCCUAAAAAAGGGGGAGAGAAAAAAAGAAAUAUUUUCCUCUCUCUUUUCUUAGUUAAUUAGCAAAGCUCACUCCUAUUACAGAGAUCCUUGAUGAGAGCGUUAGGCGCCCAGGGACCAAGGCUGAGGUGUUUGCUUAAAAGGCUGAGGGAGAAUCAACUGAGAUUAAAGCCACUGAAGGUUAAGAGAUCUGUGUCCCGGGAGGAGCGAGCUCGUCUGGAGUGCAGACUUAGAAACCUGCUGUAAAAUGAAGGGUUAAAUGAGUUCCCAUUAGAUUCUAAACCUGAAAGGUCUAGUUCUUUGAAACCGUGUGUGUGUGUUUUAAUUUACUGAUCAUUUGCAAACCAGAACCCUCCGCAUAUUCCUUGCCCUUAAUAAGUAUGUUUGCUGUGGAAUUUGGAACAAAACAUGGUAGUGACCUUAGCGCGACCCCGAUGUUCUGAUCUGAACGUGAAUCCUGGACUUGACUCGUUUAGUUCCUUUUAGUGCUUUGUUCAUACUGUUUUUGUGUGUGUCUCCUAUAAUGCUUGGCACAGUGCUGGAGACCAAGAAAGUGGCCAAAAUUAUUUAUUGAAUAAAUGAGGAAGAAAUAACCUGAAAGAAAUCAUGGUCCAUGACACACUGAAACAAUACCCAGAAGAGACAAACCCCAACAGCGCACAUAGAGUUAAGGGGACGAGACGAGGCGGAGCCAAGAGCUGGGGGGACAGGUCUGGGAGCCUCACGAUCCCGGGCUGUUCCAAGGAAACGUUGUUAAACAAAGUAUCUGGCCAAUAACACUGCGGGAUCAACGCCAGUGGCUCGCAAGUCGUCCAAUAGAAAACGACGUUAGAGUUGCCUGGCUAAAUUCCGCUUCCUGAGACGCGGUGGGCGUGGCCGAGGCGGGCUGAGUGCUGGGUUCUGCUCGCGGGUUCAGUAGUCGCGGCUCUGGCUGUGGCGUUUGCGAUGUUUUUGGCAAAGGGAAGGACCUCGCUGCGGACGUCGGAACCCGACCCCUCCGAGCACAGGAAGUGGGUGGAAGUAUUUAAAGCAUGUGAUGAAGAUAACAAAGGCUAUCUAAGCAGAGAGGACUUUAAAGUUGCUGUUGUAACGCUGUUUGGGUACAAGCCCUCCAAGAUAGAAGUGGAUUCUGUGAUGUCUUCAAUAAACCAAAACACUUCUGGUAUAUUACUUGGGGACUUUUUAAACGCUGUGAGGAAGAAGAAGGAAGCUCAGCUGUACUGGAGUGAAAUCAGACAUAUCUUCACAGCAUUCGACAGGCACUAUCGUGGAUUUUUAACUUUGGAAGAUUUCAAGAAAGCAUUUAAGCAAGUGGCUCCCAAAUUACCAGAGAGGAUUAUUGUUGAGGUAUUCAGACUGCCAACUUUUCCUGUCCAGAAAACAAUUCAGUACUUCUCUGAGAAGGCUUCUUAAUGAAGGUGGAAGGACAUUUAAGAGCCCUGCCCCAUUUCCACAUGAAGCAGUCAGCACAUUAUUAUAGCAUUCAUGUCUGAUUAGAAGAGCAGAUGCCAAAGAUAACAAACCUUCAGAAGAAGCAUCUUACUGGCAAGUAAACUAGUUUCUCCAAAAAUGUAACCAAUGGCCAUCAGAUAUUUUGUUGAUGAGUUAAUAUGUGAACUUCAGGAAGGUAAGAGAAAGGCUAGGGCAAUAAUAGUUGUAAGCCUAAAUAGAGGUUUACAAAAAUCAACCAGAAGACAUUUAUUUAAGAGAACCAGGUAUCAUUGGGCAUUGUAUUCUUAUAUACAUUAUCUCAUUUUGACCAAGUUCUCCCUUGACGCUUCUUGCCGUCCUCAGUGAGUCCUCCCUACCUCAUGUAUUUGUUUUGUUUGUUCACAUCUUGAGCAUAGCACUCACUACGUCAUUUAAGUACAAUUUUUGGUAUGUCUCUGUAUGCCCUCCUAGACUGGGAGUGCCUCAGGGGCAGGGCUAUGAUUCUGACCUUUGAGUCCCAGGUGCUAAGGCAGUGCCUGGCCCUUAGUUGAUGUUCAUUGUUUGCUGUUGAGUUUAACAAGCCUGUAAGUAAAUAACUUUAUCUUCUUUUUCCUUACACCUAUUCCUCACUUACUGACUGUCUCGCAUUUAUGACAAUAGUAAAAAAUCUGUCAGACUGUUUUGCACAUUAACAAUGUAUAUCUGGCAGUAACGGAUGCCAGGUUAUGAGGUGAGAGUAACACUGACUGUGAUGGUUAAGGUUAUGUGUCAACUUGGCUGGCCAUGAUUCUCAGUGGUUUAUAAUCUUAUGUAAUGUAGUUAUGUAAUGAUGUAAUUUGGCAGGUAUGUUAUGAUGUAGUCAUCCUCCAUUUUGUGAUCUGAUAUGGUCACCCUCCGUUUUUGCAUAACACCAAUUUUUUGUAUAAUGAUCUGGUCUUUGGGACCUAACCAUGUUGAUAAGUGAGGAGUGGGUAUAUAAGAAAGAUAACACUCAGCAGAUUGUGUGACUUGACUGAAGCCAUACAGCUAGUUAGUGGCAGAGUCUGGAAUUCAAAGCCAGGCCAGUAUUUUCUGCUUCAGCACAGAUGUUCCCAGGAAGACUCCAGCAGGGAACUGUGUUGGGAGGCCCAAGAAAUUCCCUUGCGGAUCUCAGCCAGAAAAGAAUUAUUUAGGAAGCAUUUCUGUAUUAACAAAAUGAAUCACUAUAGCUAAGAGCAACUGCCAGAGGGAAACAGUCUGUGGAUUGGCUAAAACGGUCUUGAAAGUAAGCUGGCCUAUUGUAUUCAGGCUACAAAACAAUUUUGGUGUUACCUGAUUUCUUCAUUCUCUAAGUAGAAUGUGAAAAAUUCAUUUGUCACACCUCAAGUGCUAAGGGAAAGUCCCCUUUCUCUUUCCCAUUUUUCUCAGGGAUUCAACCAUGGUUGUUGCAGGAUUGAACAGGAUAUUUAGAUGUGAAGUUGGAGCCCAGUAAAUGAGGAUAUUAGGUACCAGACCCUCUGGUCAAACUGAUGACUUACUAAGAAGAGGCCAGGAUGCCACUCUGUAAGAGAUAGGGAACUAAUGAAGCACGCCAAGGAGAAGAAUGCCAUGAACAGAGUUGCCUUUUAGAAGGACCAUUCACUAGGAGUAAUAAGAGGAGAAGACCAAAGUAGGGACAUAAAAACCGAUAAUUGCAAGAGUCUAGGAUAUAAACUAAGGUAACAGUAAAAGCGUUGUUGUUGUUAGGUGCUGUCGGCUCCGACUCACAGCAACCCUAUGUACAACAGAAUGAAAUGUUGCCCAGUCCUGCACCAUCAUCACAACGGUUGCUGUGUUUGAGCCCAUAGUUGCAGCCACCGUGUCAAUCCAUCUCACUGAGGAUCUUUCUUUUUCACUGACCCCCUACUUUACCAAGCAUGAUGUCCUUCUCCAGGGACUGGUCCUUCCUGAUAACACGUCCAAAGAACGUAAAACAAGGUCUUGCCAUCCCUGCUUCCAAGAAGCAUUUCAGGUGUACUUCUUCCAAGGCAGAUUUGUUCAUUCUUCUGCCAGUUCAUGGUAUAUUCAGUACUCUUUGCCAACACAAUAAUUCAGAUACAUCAAUUCCUCAGUCUUCCUUAUUCAUUGUCCAGCUUUUGCGUGCAUAUGUUGUUGUUAAGUGUUAUCAAGUCGGUUCCAACUUAUAGCGACCGUAUGUACAACAGGAUGAAGCCCCGCCCAGUCCUGCACCAUCCUCACAAUCGUUGCUGUUUGAGCCCAUUUUGCAGCUAUUGUGUCAGUCCAUCUCGUUGAGGGUCUUCCUCUUUUUCAUUGACCUUAUGCUUUACCAAGCAUGAUGUCCUUCUCCAAGGACUGGUCCCUCCUGAUAAUAUGUCCAAAGUACGUAAGACCUUGUAAGGAGCAUUCUGGCUGUACCUACUUCUUCCAAGACAGAUUUGUUCAUUUUUCUGGUAGUCCAUGGUAUAUUCAGUAUUCUUCACCAACAGCAUAAUCCAAAAGCAUCAAUUCUUCUUCAGUCUUCCUUAUUCAUUGUCUAGCUUUCACAUGCAUAUAAGGCAAUUGAAAACACCAUGGCUUGGGUCAGGCACACCUUAGUCCUCGAAGUGAUAUCCUUGCUUUUUAGCACUAAAAGAGGUCUUUUGUAGCAGAUUUUUCCCAAAGUGUCUUUUGAUAUACUGACUGCGGCUUCCAUGGGUGCUGAUUGUAGAUCCAAGUAAAAUGAAAUCCUUGACAACUUCAGUCUUUCCUCCAUUUAUCAUGAUGUUGCUUAUAGGUAUAGUUGUGAGGAUUUUGUUUUCUUUAUGUUGAGGUACAAUCCGUACUGAAGGCUGUGAUCUUUGAUCUUCAUCAGUAAGUGCUUCAAGUCCUCUUUACUUUCAGCAAGCAAGGUUGUGUCAUUUGCAUAACGAAGGUUGUUAAUGAGCCUCCAAUCCUGAUGCUGCAUUCUUCUUCAUAUAGUCCAGCUUCUCAGUUUAUUUGCUCAGCAUACAGAUUGGAUAAGUAUGGUGAAAGGAUACAACCCUGACGCACACCUUUUUAUUAUUUUAAACCAUGCAGUAUCCCUUCGUUCUGCUCAAAUGACUGCCUCUUGAUCUAUGUGCAGGUUCUGCAUGAACACAAUUAAGUGUUCUGAAAUUCCCGUUCGUCACAUUGUUAUCUAUACCACUACUUGUCUGUCAAUUUGUCAUACUGUGGUGGCUUGUCUGUUGCUGUGAUGCUGGAAGCUGUGCCACUGGUAUUUCAAAUACCAGCGGGGUUACCCAGGGUGGACAGGUUUCAGCUGAGCUUCCAGACCAAAACAGAUUAGGGAAAAAGACCUGGUGAUCAACUUCCGAAAAAAAAAAUCAGCAAGUGAAAACCUUCUGGAUAGCAGCAGAACAUUGUCUGAUACAGUGUUGGACGAUGAGCCCCUUAGAGUAGAAGGCACUCAAAAUAUGACUGGCGAAGAGCUGCAUAUCACAGGUUGUUAAUGAGUCUUCCUCCAGUCCCAGUGCUGCGUUCUUCUUCAGAAUAGAGUAGAAGAGUGGCUGCAUUCAAAUGACAUUUUACGUCUGAAUCCACAAGAUCCUGGUGACAGGAUGUGCAGUGGAGGGACGUGGAGGAGUCACAGAUGGCCCCUUGGCCUGUGGCCUGGGAAUCUGAGAGAAUGGUGGUUCCAUUCAGUAUGACGGGGCACACAGGUACAAGCUUGAUAGGGAUGUCAAUUUGGGCUGUGUCUUUAAGGUAUCUGUGGGACAUUCAGAGAAGGUGUUCUACCUAGAAAUGAGCCUCAAGGUCAGAUGGCUCCAUGAAAGAGAAGUUGUCCUGGUAUCUUAGAGAGAGCCUGCAUCUUAGGUUUGUUUGAUAAUCUCUGGUUCGUGGAUUGUUGGUACAGAAAAGAGCUGAAUGGCUCAGGGAGCCUUUGCUCUGUCUAUGCUGUUCUGUUGGGACUCUCUGCUGUUCUCUGUGUGUCUCACUGUUGUCCGUGAGGAGGGGAGCAAUGUGUGCCCUCUUGCUUGAGAAUGUAGAAAGGACCUACCUCGUUUUCCUGUAAAACGAGGGCCCUUCUCUCAUUCCAGGUCUCCCAUACGCCUUCACAGGGAGCUGGCUUCUACUUGUUAGGAUUUGGCGAUCUUAAAUAUCUCCAUUUUAAUGUUGUCUGUAUCUGCUUUGAGAUGUCAUUUGUUUUUCUUUUUUAGUAGACAACCACAAAUUCAUCCUUUAUUUUCUUGAGAAAAUCAUUCUGAUAAACCUCAGUUUGACUUUUCCACAUGGGUGUUGAUACAGAUAGUUAUUUGUUAAGAGAUUUUUUGAUUAGUCAUUUGCCGUCUGACUCUAAAUAAUGAAUUAUUUUAGAUAUGCUGACUCUCUUUUUUUUGAUUCAAAGAGUUAUCUUUAGUUUUUAUUGUAGCUUUUUAUUUAUCUUUUAUUGUAUUCUGCAAACUUUCUUUUUCAUUUGUGGCUUAUCUAUUUUUUAUGUUAAUCUGAUAGCAUCAUUUAAGUGUCUGACUUCUUUCUUUACAAAUGCUGCCUAACUCUUCUAUCUCUUUAAUUAACUGAAACAAUUCCUAUGUAAACAAAUAACAAUUGUAAAUUGCACUACCUAUACUCAUUCAGUCAUUUUUUGUGAAGAUUUAAGUGCGUCCCUUGUUUGUUAAAUUAUAAUCUUUUGUAAAAACCGGUUGUGACCCAUUUUGUCAUUUUGUAUGAUGGCGAGAGAAAACAAAGGAUCACUUCUGUGUUUCAUGUUCUUGUUAUGUAUUUUAUUUAGCACUCAUUUUAAGAACUGGUGUAGCAGGUAGAGUGAGGACUGACUUUGGAGUCACACUGACCUGAAAAUCCCAGUCCUGCCAUGUUGAAGUGGUGCGACUUUGCAUAAAUGACUCGAGAACCUCUCUGUGCCUAGGUUUCUUCGUACAUAAAAUGAGGGCAAUAAUAAUAUUUGCCUCACAGGAUUAUGGGGAUUAAGCGAGUUAAUACAAAUAACAUGCUUAGCACAGUGCCUGGCACAUAGUAGGUGCCUCAUAAGUGAUAGCGGCAUCUUUUUUUUUUUUUUUUCUUUUUAAAACAUUUUUUAAUAGACUUUAUUUUUUAGAGCAAGGAGGCUAGGUGGUGCAAGUGGUUUGCAGUCAGCUGCUAACCAAGAGGCUGGUGGUUCGAACCCAUUCAGCAUCACUCUGGAAGAAAAGGCCUGGUAGUCUGUCCUCUUCUAUAAAGAUGACAGCCAAGAAAACCCUAUGGAGCACAGUUCUACUCUGCAACACGUGAGUCAGGGCAACUCAAUGGCUGCUAAGAAUGAUUUUUUUUUGGGGGGGUGUAUUAAUUAUUUAUUGCUCCAUAGCAACUUGCCCCAAAACUUAGUGGCUUAAAACAACACAAAUUUAUUAUCACAGUGUUUCUGUGGAUCAGAAAUCCAAGUAGAGUUUAGCAGAGUCUUUCACAAGGCUGCAUUUCAAAAAUGCUUUCAGAAGACAUAUGCCCAGAGUCUCUCAAAAGGCUGCAAUCAAAGUGAAGAAGAACGAUUUUUUAGAGCAGUUUUAGGUUUGUAAAAAAAGCUAUGCAGAAAGUACAGAGUUUCCAUAUUCUCCCCUCCUCCCAGCAGGUAACAGUUGUAUCUGUUAUUAACAUCUUGGAUUAGUUUGGGACAUUGGUCACAACUGAUGAACCAAUGUUGAGACAUUAUUACCAACCAGUUUCCAUAGUUUCCAUUAGGUUGACUCCUUGGUUUUGACAAAUACAUAGUAUCAUACAAUAUAGUUUCCUUGCCCUAAAAAUGUGCUGUGCACCACCUGUUCAUCCCUCCUCCCCUCCUGAACCCCUGGCAACCACUUAUCUUUUGACUGUCUCUAUUGUUUUGCCUUUUCCAGAAUGUUAGUCAGUUAGUCACACAUAUUGUAUGAUUCCAUACUGGCUUAUUUCUCUCAGUAAUAUGUAUUUUAGGCUCCUUUUUUGGCUUCAUAGCUUAUUUCUUUUUAUCACUGAAUAAUAUGCCAUUAUACGGAUGUACCAUGGUUUAUUCGUUAACCUAUUGAAAGGCACGUUGUUGGCUUCCAGUUUGGGGCAAUUUUGAAUAAAGAUGCUAUAGACAUUCAUGUGCAGUUUUUUUGUGUGGAGGUAAGUUUUCAACUUAUUUGGGUAAAUGCUUAAGAAUGCCGUUGCUGAAUGGUGUGGUAAGCCUAUAUUUAGCUUUGUAAGAAGCUGCCAU